AUGGAACGAAGACGUUUACAACAGCAAAGAAUGAAACAACAACACCGUUUUUGUGUUAGUCAACAAGAUUUAACAGAUGCUAUGGCUCGUAUGAAGCCACCACGACGUGCGACCUAUAAUAAUAUAAUGAAUAUUUCUGCAUCGUCAGUAUUGUCAUGUUCAGCAGAUACAUUGACUACUCCAUCAGUUUCAAAAUUAGUGAAAGAAUUCGAAGCACGAUCAACACCCUAUGAAAGUACACACGAUGAUAUAUCGGCUGGUAAAGAAAAUUUUCCUACCGAAUUAGAAUCUAACGGUUUGCAGCAAGUAUCAACUCCAACAAUAAAAAUCAAGGCUAAUAAUAUCGACGGCAAUGCCAAUAUUUCUCGUUUGAAUAACGACGCCGAUCAAACAGUCAAAGAAAAAACACAACAAGAUCAAUCGAUCGGAGAUAAAGGACAAGAAACAAUAAAGCAAGAUCAAACUGUAGUUAACGAUCGUCACAAACGAGAGCAACAGUCAUCGUCGUCUUCAUCCUAUUACAGUGUCGAAGGUAAUAACGCCAUGCAAAUGGUAACACGAAAUACAGAUAAUGAUUCAACUGUUUCAAAACGGCAUGAUAAAAUUUUCGGAGAAAUACUUUCAAAAGAAGCACAACUUAAUAAUGCUCUUGCAGAUUUAAUUUCAUUAUCGAAUGAUGCUGAUAUAUCGUCAUCGGUAUCUUCAUCAGCAAAAUCAUUAACUAAUGCUUUUCAACAUCCGCGAACAUCGAGCACUAAUGAUAAUAGCAAUAGUAUAUCAGCAAGUAUUGCUUUAUUAAACAAUUUACUCGAAACAUUCGAUCUGGACAAUGAAGAUUAUAAAACCAAAACGACAAAGAAAAAUCCUAAUGAUCAAAUUAGUGAUAAAAAAAAUAACGACAUGAUUCAACCGAUUAAUAUGCUUUGUGUUAUGAAACCAGAUAAUGUAUGCGCUAAUUGCGGCCAAUCAUGUGCUACUAAUGAACAGAUUGUUAAUGCAGCGGGAAAAAUUUGGCAUACGCAAUGUUUUGUGUGCGCUCAAUGUUUUCAACCAUUUGAAAAUGGAAUCUUUUUUGAAUAUGAAGGUCGAAAAUAUUGUGAACGAGAUUUUCAAAUGUUAUUUGCACCAUGCUGUGCGGAAUGUAACCAAGUUAUAAUUGGUCGUAUUAUUCGAGCACUGAAAAAAUGCUUUCAUCCAGAUUGUUUUCGUUGUCAAUUAUGUCAUAUUCCAUUACUUGAAAUAGGUUUUUCAAGAAAUAAUGGAAGAGCUCUAUGUCGAGAAUGUCAUACAAAAGAAAAAGAAAAAGAUUCAAAUGCAUCACAACGAAUUUGUUCAACAUGCCAUCAAAUGAUGGAUAGUAAAUAUAUCAAAUACAAAAGUGAAUAUUAUCAUCCUUUUCAUUUUCAAUGUUCAUCGUGCCGAGUUGAAUUAAAUGAGAAUGCUCGAGAAGUAUGUGGCUUAUUAUAUUGUCUUUCGUGCCAUAAUAAACUUGAUUUACCUGUGUGUGCUGCUUGUCGACGUUUAAUUGAUGCUCGAGUUAUUAGUGCUCUGGGAAAACAGUGGCAUGUCGAGCAUUUUUGCUGUACACGUUGUGCUCAACCGUUUUAUGGUAGUAAACAUUAUGAAAAUAAUGGUUUAGCAUACUGUGAAACGGAUUAUCAUAUUCUAUUUGGUUCAACAUGUUUUAUUUGUAAUAGAAUUAUAUCAGGAGGAGUUUAUACGGCAUGUAACAAAAAAUAUUGUGUUGAUCAUUUUGCUUGUUCUAAAUGUGAAACGAAAAUGAAUGAAAAAAGUAAAUUUUUCGAUGUUGAUGGAACACCUGUUUGUAAAUCAUGUUAUGGCAAAUUACCAUCAGAUACUCGAAAAUCUCUUCAACACGAUCACAAAAAGAAAUCAUUGCCAUCUAUUCUAAAACAAAGUACUGUUUAA